AUGCAUACGAUGGAUACCAUGGGGUACGGCCACAAAAAGUACCGGCCACCGAUAUCUCCCACGAGCUUCUACCACCAUGACUACUAUUCAAGGCACGCUACACUGCGCCCUCAAUCUGUAUUACAGAGCGAGUAUCGGUUUGCUGGCGGGGGAUAUCCGCGCGUGACCACUAGCAGCGGUAGCAGUAGCGGAGGACUGUGUUCCGCAGCGCUGGUGGUGGGCGCACUGCUGGCGGCGGUGGCGGUGCUCGCAGUCGCCGGCCUUGCCUUCUACAUGGGUGCUCUGAGGCCUGACAAUGGCGAACCUAUAAUGACAUUUGAGGGUAAUUUUCGUGUGAUGCGAGGCGAUGUGUAUGGUGGAGUUCCCGGCAGUCCUGCAUGGAAUGAGCGCGCGCGAAGGUAUAGCGUAGCGUUGAGGCAAGCGUUUAACGCACCUUCGCCACUUCGGCAGGCUUUUGUUGGAGCCAUCGUCACUGGUUUCGGUGAUCGCAAGCUAGAUGUUCAUUUCAAAUUAUAUUUGGACAGGAGAAAAAUUCCAAGUACUGUAUCUAAUAUAGAAGAAUCACUUAAGAAUGUUUUAGUCCAAGAUUUGUUAUCCAAGCAGCCUGCAUUUGGACAAAUUAAAAUAGAUAUCUCUAGCAUAGCAAUUAAAAGAGACUUAGAACAUACAUAUCAUUCGGAAUCAUAUGUAAAAGAAGCGUUAAAUGAAAGUAUGGCAAGUUAUCAACCUAAACAAACAUCACACCAAAGUGGAAACGAUAAAAUUCUACAGAGUAGGAUUGGCGUUGUUCGCAAAACUACCGUAAAACCUAAUCAAUCCACUAAGAAAAGAGAUCCAGACGAGCCUGAUAUUGAUACUGAAAACAUUCCAGUUGUUCAAGGUUCUUUUCAAAUUACUAAGACAGAAGCUGACAUAACGGAAAAUAAACACAGCAAUCUUCCAACAAGACGUGAUGAUAAAAUAAAUCAAAGGCCUCCAAGUAUAAAGUCAAGUACUACAACAAAAGCACCAGGCACAAAAAUAACAACAACGCGGCUACCAAGCAGCAAAAGUACCUUCGCUACUUCAACUACGCCUAAACUUAAACCAUUUACAAUUAUGUCAAAUUUAGGGAUAAGAACAAAAACCAGUUCAACCCAUAAACCAGAAACAAUAGUAACAAGAAAAGCAGUGUCAACAACACAAUCAACAAUAACUUCAACGGCACUAUCGACUACCUCCGUCCAAAGUACUACGGCCAACGUUUCACAAUUAUUACUCGAUCUACUUACAAACGACAAUCAUAAUAAAGAUUUACCAAAAAUUGACACAUUGUUUACAGUACCCCAUGUAAUAGAUACUGAACCUUGGCGUCCUAUAACAAGGCCCUACUAUGAAACAACAACAAUUAAAAAUACACCUGUAGUUGUCGAUACAGUUAAUGAAAAAAGUGCAAAAGACAGAAUUGGAGUUGCAGAAGUCGUCGAAGAUAUAUCAAUACUAGAAAGUAUUUUAAAUCCAAUACCCCCAGUACAUUACAGUGACAAAUCAACGCGUAAGCCAACUGGUCUUUAUAAUAUGGAUCCUAAUUUAUCAGCAGAUAUUUAUGUUCCCAGUCCUGUCUAUACCAGUUUCACUCUUCCUACGUAUGCGCCACCAUUGAAAGAUAUGGAAACUUUAGGAUCUGUGUAUCCAAAACCUUUUCCCUUACCCGUUGAUAAAAUUAGUUCUGCAAAACAAGAUAUUAAAGAAAGUGUUUUAGAUGAUGAUGAUUUUGAUGAUGGUAAACCAAUAAUGCGGCCUCCUAAAGAUAAAACAACGUCUACAAUCAUAAACGUGUUACAAUCAAGUCAGCUAGAUAACCUAACAGAAGAAGUAUCUAUUGACGGCAUGUCAAUAUUAAAGAAACAUAACAUAACGGCAACAACUUUUACAACAACGUUAACUCCUGGAGCAAACACCACAAGCUUCACUAUGCCUACAACUUCUAGUACAAUGACAACCACUAUUACUACUACAAAGGAAACACCAAGUACUUCCAAGAAGAAAACAGAUGCAAAUGUUAUAAAGGAAAAUUCAACUCGACGUCCUAACGAUAAAGUAUCCAUUAUUCCAACGACAGAUAUUCCAUACCAUACUUGGGAAUUAGUUAAUACCUCGACAAACGAUAAUGAAACUUUUUAUAAACAUUCACCAGAAAAGUAUUACAACGAUACUUUACAAGCAAUUAUUACAAAGAAUGAUGCUACUUUUCCUAGUACAACGCCUAGAUUUCCCAGUAAGAUUUCAAUAUUAAGAAACUUAACAGACCUAAUUAAAAAAUAUACGAGUACAAAAAAACCGCUACUCACAAACUUUGACAAGAUAAAUAAUGAUGAUGACAACGAUGAGCAUAUAGAAAUGACAGGAUCUGUAGAAGUAAUACCAGAAGAAGAGCUUGAAAGUACUACAGCCAGAGUAAUAACGUUAAUGCCUGUAAAAUCAAACCUCGGUGUAAAUAGCCGUUAA